AUGUGGCCCACCGGCGCAGACGAAUUCGUCUUUGGCGCUACCCCCGGCGUAGACGAAGCGUACCAGUCCGCGCAUGAUCAUCAACAGUUCCCUGGGGCUAUAUACCAUGUACUGGAAGAUGAAGAGCCAGCAUCGUCGUUUCUGUCGCAGUCUAUCCGUGAUACAGGGACUACCACGCCGGCUAGUGACCUUUCCGCGUACGGUUUCGCCCCUCAUGAGCCUCGGGGUUUCUCUACGCCUAGAGACAACAUGCAUCCCAUGGGGCAACAUUCGCCAUAUCUUGCCCCACCCACGAGCAGACCUGUUAUAUCUCAGGUCCGUACCGCGUCCAAGAAAGAACCCAGGAAGACUACGAUGAGAGCGCCUAGCAAGGCCAACGGAGUGGCUAAGCCUUACCGACAUACAACCGGCACAAAUGUCCAGGCCAUCGCCAAUUAUGACUUUGGAACUGACGAUCUCCAUCUUUUAACGUCUGCUAGUCCAUCGCACAGCGAUAUAUCACCGCAACUCACCGAAUCACUGUCGGGCUCACUCGAACCGCGAAGUGACUCGCUGGGUCUAGCAGCAGCAAGCUUGAGCGCCAAGAAAGACAGUCGCAAUGACUUACCAACACCGCAUGUUGAAGCCGACGGCGAGAUCUCCGCAGCAUUACGUCUUCGAACACCAAGCGAGUGUCAAGGAGGCAAGAAUCUUGCUCGCGCAUUGGGCUUCCUCGGAGGUAGAACCAGUCCGAUCGGUCCCGGCGUCUCAGGCUUUGACCUCACGUUCGCUAACCUUCUCGACGCGAGGCGCCGAUAUCCUGGGCAAGUCAACAUCCAUCGACAUGCGCUUCUUGGUUCUGAAGACUAUAACUCAGCAUUCGAAGAAGACGCACGGCUGAGCCGAGACCGCUGCAAUCAAGCUAUCCUAGAAUCCUCUCCGGAUUCGUUACCGAAAGGCACCUACCUUCUAGAUCUUGGCGGCGGCUUCCAGGUCACAGUCCCGCUUGAUCCGAUAAUCGAAGCUACGUUCAAGCAAGGAGGUCAAGGCACCAUACCACCUGAGGGUCUCGUACGUAUCGCCACGGAGAUGAACAUCGACAUGAAAGACUACCGUGUCGAUGGUAAACCGCACCCGGUAUACAGUAUGGGUGCCCCAAAGCAGGUCGAUAUCCGGCUCUUGGGCUCUAUACCUGUCACCAUAGUGGAGAUGGCCAUCUCCCAAAAGCCCGGAGGCGGUGAGAGUUGGACACCGCCUGGCGACGAGUACCGACUAGUCGACUACUACGUCCGAGAUCUUGCGAACGGUGUCGAUCGCGAAAACUAUCCUUCCGGUUCAGACAGAGGCCUUCUGACUCAAUUGAUCGAGCUUGUAGACGACAAUCCAGACGAGUGGGCUGAUCUCAAGCUCAGCGAUGUCCAAUUCAUCGAAGAUUCGGAGGGUUACUUUGAGACGACAAACCCUUCUUUUGGACCUGGAAUGGAGAACCCAGACAAGGAAGCAUUUCGUCGCCACAAUCCAGACUUGAAACGGUAUCGUAAGACGAUGGCGAAUUAUCGCAUCCGGCAAAAGAAGGACAAAGCAAAAGUCGCGAUGGGAAGCCAAGGCCAGGCUCAGUGA